AUGAUCAUCACAACAGCACAACAGAUUCCCAGAAAAGCAAAACCCCACUAUGGCUGGAAAAUCUCAUUCUCAUGAUCAUGAACACCAAAAGGAGGUGGUCUUCAUCUCCACUCCGGCGAUCGGAAUGCUAACCCCAACCGUCGAAUUCGCUCGCCGCCUAGUCCACCGCAAUCCUGACCGUCUAUCAGCCACCGUUCUCCUCAUCCCCGUCCCCCACUGGCCCACCAUCCACUCCUACACCCAAUCUCUCCCCGCCACCUCAUCCCCCAACCUCCGCUUCCUCCUCCUCCCCACCUUACACCCUCCCUCACCCGAUAACUUCCACUCCUACGUCGCCCACUUAUCAUCUCUCGUAGACCAGCACAAACCCAGCGUCAAGCAAGCUAUAUCUGAGCUCCUCGUCUCCGAGUCAAAACGACAAGUCGUUGGGUUGUUCGUUGACAUGUUUUGCACUUCCAUGAUCGACGUCGCAGACGAUCUAGGCCUUCCUUCUUACCUCUUCUUUGCCUCCCCAGCGAGUUUUCUCAGCUUCAUGCUUGACAUACCGAUUCUCGACUCGCAACUCGCUUCCGAUUCAGUCGCUGAGUUGAGCGUUCGAGGCUUUGCUAACUCAGUUCCGCGGAGAGUUCUGCCUACUACGGUGUUGAAGAGGGGAGAUGAAUACUCUUGGUGUUUGCGUCACGCGCGGAGGUACAAGGAAACAAAGGGUAUUAUCGUAAAUUCAUUGCGUGAAUUGGAACCCGUUGUGUUACAUUCGCUCUCUGUUAGUGGUAUACCAAAGGUUUACCUAGUUGGGCCGAUUGUCGACCUUAGUGGCCCAGCCCAGUGGCAUCCUGAUAGAGCCCAAUAUGAAACGGUUAUGAGAUGGCUUGACAAUCAGCCUUCAUCUUCUGUGUUGUUCUUAUGCUUUGGUAGCUUAGGUAGUCUUAGUGGGCCGCAAGUGAAAGAGCUAGCACUCGGGAUCGAACGUUCCGGAUUUCGAUUUGUAUGGUCGUGUCGCGGGUCACCCAAGAGUAAAUUAGGUCUCCCAAGUGAAUACACGAAUUUCGACGAGGUGCUACCGAAUGGAUUUUUGGAACGAACGGCUGGGAUGGGCUUGGUGUGCGGGUGGGUCCCACAAGUGACCAUCCUCGCACACCGAGCGGUUGGAGGGUUCGUGUCGCACUGCGGUUGGAACUCGAUCUUGGAGAGCUUGUGGCAUGGCGUACCGAUUGCCACGUGGCCAAUCUACGCUGAGCAACAGAUGAAUGCGUUUGAGAUGGUAAAAGAAUUGGGAUUGGCAGUGGAAAUAACGUUGGAUUACCGAGAGGGUAGUGAUUUGGUGUCGGCCGAGGAGGUAGAGAGAGGGAUAACGAGGUUGAUGGAAAGUGAUGGCGAAGUGAGAGCAAAGGUAAAGAGCAUGCGAGAGAAGUGUAGGAUGGCUUUGGUGCAAGAUGGAUCAUCGCAUGAGUCAUUGGGUGCCUUAGUUGUGUGCCCAAUAAUUACACCCAAAACAACAUACUAGGAGUAUGAAUAUGUCCUCUGCAAAAUGUGUGAUUUAUAUAUCUUUUUUUAAGGAGCUUUUUUAUUAUUUGUCUUAUAGUUUAGGUGAUUUAUCCAUUUUUAGUUUUGUUACUUUGUCUAGUUCAAUAAUAUCGCUUAUCCUAGUGAGUUUUACGGGCCCACUGGUCCAGAAGCUUCUCAAGCUCAAGCAUUUACUUUACUUUUCUAGUUAGAGAUCAACGUCUUGGAGCUAACGUGGGAUCCGCUCAAAGACUUACUGGUUUAGGUUAAUAUCU